AUGAGAAAGGAAGGAUUCAACAAACGAUUCCCCGAAUUUGUUGUAGAGUAUGAAGGCAAUAUUCUUGAAAAUGACUUUGAUUAUAACGAUAGCGAUAGUGAUGAUGAAACUAUAGAAAGAUACCGAGAGUACACCACACCCGUAGUAAAUGUUGACUAA